AUGAGCGAAGAAGGUCCCCAAGUAAAAAUUAGAGAAGCAACCAAGGACAACGUUGACUUUAUACUUUCUAAUGUCGACUUGGCUUUAGCAAACUCGUUACGUAGAGUCAUGAUAUCUGAGAUUCCUACACUAGCCAUCGAUUCUGUUGAGAUUGAAACUAAUACUACUGUGUUGGCAGAUGAAUUUAUUGCGCAUAGACUUGGGUUAAUUCCAUUACAAAGUGCAGACAUUGAUCAAGUUGUAUACUGUCGUGACUGUUACUGUGAAGAUCACUGUGACCGUUGUUCAGUAGAGCUAAUACUACAUGCUAUCGGUGAGAGUGAAUCCACGACGAACGUUUAUGCUAAGGAUUUGCAGAUUACCAGCGAUUUGAAGGGUAGAAAUAUUGGCCAUCCAAUUAUACAAGACAGAGAAGCAAAUGGUGUAUUAAUCUGUAAACUAAGAAAGGGACAAGAGAUAAGAGUGAAAUGUAUCGCUAAGAAGGGUAUUUCAAAAGAACAUGCGAAAUGGUCACCAUCAGCAGCUAUAGAGUUUGAAUAUGAUCCAUGGAAUAAGUUAAAACACACAGAUUACUGGUACGAACAGGAUGCAAGGGACGAAUGGCCUCAAUCUAAGAAUUGUGAAUUUGAAGAUCCUCCUAACGAAGACGAGGAUUUCGACUACAGGGCCAAACCUAAUACAUUUUACAUAAACGUCGAGUCUGUUGGUUCCAUCACUUCGGAACAAGUCGUCGUACGUGGUAUCAAAACUUUACAGGAUAAAGUAGCCGACAUAUUAUUCUCAUUAAAGAAGAUGGACCAAGAGAAAGUUAAUUUCGCAGCAGGAGCUGUAUCUACGCACGUAUCACAACAAGUGCCGAUGGAAGAAGAUAUGGAUCCUUAUGGAGGGCCAGUAGGAGGCUCAGGAUACGAUGAUGCAUGGUGA